CCCGGGGCGCGGGCCGACACCCCCGCCAACUGCACCUUCGCCGACCUGCAGGGCACCUGGCUCUUCCAGGUGGGCAGGGGGCGCGGCGCCGGGGGCCGGCACAUCAACUGCUCCCAGCUCGGACCCGUGGAAAAGAAAGUGGUUGUGAGUCUUCAGAAGCUGGAUGUGGCCCAGGAUGACUUAGGCAACCCUGGCUUCUUCACGAUCAUUUACAAUCAAGGGUUUGAAGUUGUAAUUAAUGACUAUAAGUGGUUUGCAUUUUUUAAGUACACAAAAGAAGGCUCAAAUGUAACCAGUUACUGCCAUGAGACCCUUCCAGGAUGGGUGCAUGAUGUACUUGGCCGUAACUGGGCAUGCUUCCUUGGACAAAAAGUGUCUCCUUCUCCCUCCAGCAUUCGUAUACACCAGUUGCCUCUCCAGAAACCAAAGGAAAGGUUUUCAAGCAGACCUUAUUUGCACAACCGUGACUUUGUGAAUACUAUCAACACUGUUCAGAAAUCCUGGACUGCAGCAGCCUACAAGGAAUAUGAAACUCUGACUCUGGAAGAACUGACUAAAAGAGCUGGAGGCCUCCACUCCAGAGCCCCUAGACCAAGGCCAGCACCGCUAACACCUGAAAUACUUAAACAAGCUUCAAGUUUGCCAGAAUCCUGGGACUGGAGAAAUGUUAAUGGUGUCAACUACGUCAGUCCUGUGCGAAAUCAAGCAUCAUGUGGCAGCUGCUAUUCCUUUGCUUCCAUGGGCAUGUUGGAGGCAAGAAUUCGCAUCCUAACCAACAAUUCCCAGACACCAGUUUUUAGUACCCAGCAAAUAGUGUCCUGUAGCCAGUAUUCUCAAGGUUGUGGUGGUGGCUUCCCAUACCUCAUCGCUGGAAAAUAUGUCCAAGACUUUGGUGUGGUGGAGGAGGAUUGUUUCCCUUACACAGGCUCAGAUUCUCCAUGCGUUUACAAGCGGAACUGUUAUCACCACUAUGUGUCUGAAUACAGCUAUGUUGGAGGCUUUUAUGGUGGCUGCAAUGAGGCCUUGAUGAAGCUCGAACUAAUUAAAAAUGGGCCUAUGGCUGUUGCUUUUGAGGUUUAUAAUGACUUCAUGUACUAUAAAGAAGGGAUUUACCAUCAUACUCAGCUGCAGGAUGAGUUCAACCCUUUUGAGUUGACCAAUCAUGCUGUCUUGCUUGUGGGCUAUGGCAAAGAUCCAGGUACCGGUGAGAAAUUCUGGAUAGUGAAAAACAGCUGGGGAACUGCCUGGGGUGAAAAUGGUUACUUCAGAAUCCGCAGAGGCACUGAUGAAUGCGCUAUUGAAAGCAUAGCAGUGGCUGCAACUCCUAUUCCAAAAAUGUGAAUGUAAAGCUCUUCUGCCAGGUGCCUCAGUUGAGAAACCAUAAAAACAUAUUGAUUAUGUUUAUGUACUUGGAGAAUUUUACUGCAGUGCUUUCUAUCUUAAAAGAAUGAGCUUUAAUGAGAUUCAGUGGAAUAAAAGUGAGCAGUUUUCACUCACUAUCACUAAGGACACUUGAAAAUACUGCUCUUUGUUUACAA